GGCACCGGGACGGCGCGGGCGGCGGCGGGGACGCGUCUGGGACCAUGUCUGGGGAAGUUCCACUAAACAUCAACAUCAAGGAACCCCGGUGGGAUCAAAGCACCUUUGUUGGGCGCGCCAAUCAUUUCUUCAUGGUAACGGAUCCCAGGAAUAUUCUGUUAACAAAUGAACAACUAGAGAACGCCAGAAAAAUCGUACAUGAUUACAGACAAGGAGUUAUUCCUCCAGGUCUCACAGAGAAUGAGUUGUGGAGAGCCAAGUACGUCUACGAUUCGGCUUUUCAUCCCGACACUGGCGAAAAGAUGAUUUUGAUCGGAAGAAUGUCAGCUCAGGUCCCGAUGAACAUGACCAUCACCGGCUGUAUGAUGACGUUUUAUAGGACCACGCCAGCUGUGCUGUUCUGGCAGUGGAUCAACCAGUCCUUCAACGCUGUGGUCAAUUACACCAACAGAAGCGGAGAUGCUCCCCUCACCAUGAACGAGUUGGGGACAGCUUAUGUUUCUGCAACAACAGGUGCUGUGGCCACUGCUCUAGGACUCAACACAUUGACCAAGCACGUCUCCCCGCUGGUAGGACGUUUUGUUCCCUUUGCUGCUGUGGCUGCUGCUAAUUGCAUAAAUAUUCCCUUGAUGAGGCAGAGGGAACUCAAGGUGGGCAUUCCUGUCACCGAUGAAAACGGGAACCGCUUGGGAGAGUCGGCAAACGCUGCUCAGCAAGCCAUCGUGCAGGUUGUCAUCUCCAGGAUUCUUAUGGCCGCGCCAGGCAUGGCCAUCCCUCCAUUUAUCAUGAACACUCUGGAGAAGAAAGCCUUCUUGAAGAGGUUCCCGUGGAUGAGCGCUCCAAUUCAAGUUGGAUUAGUUGGCUUCUGCUUGGUGUUUGCCACGCCCCUGUGCUGUGCCCUGUUUCCUCAGAAGAGUUCCAUGUCUGUGACAAGCUUGGAAGCCGAGUUGCAAGCCAAGAUCCAGGAGAGCCAUCCUGAAUUGCGGCGUGUGUACUUCAACAAGGGACUGUAACUCAGGGAAAGAAACCUCCAGGGCCAAUCCUGCCCACUGCAGACCUCCUGUCGCUGUGUCAGUGAGGAAAGUCCUGUUUGAGCAGGGUUCUCCCAGUGGCAGAUCCCUUCAAAGAGCCACAUCAGCCUUUUAGUAUCAAACUGCUCUUUAUAACAGCUUGUGGUGCAGGCCAGGUGCCUGCCACCUGCUGGGUC